AUGGCUGACGCCCCUACCGAGCAGCCUACCGCUCCUCCUCCCGCUGAGGAGAAGGCCCCCGCCGCCGAGGGUGGUGAGGGUGGUGAGGCCGGUCCCUCCAAGAAGGCGCUGAAGAAGGCUGAGGCCAAGGCCAAGAAGGAGGCCGAGAAGGCCCGACGAGCUGCUGAGCACGAGGCCAGACAGGCCGCCGCGAAGGCCGCCGCUGGUAACACUGAGGAUCUCGCCAAGGACAACUAUGGCGAUUCCACCCACCUCACCAAGAUCGACGCCGAGCGAAUCAAGCUCCGAAACCUUGGUGAUGAGCACCUGGGCAAGACCAUCAAGCUCCGUGCCUGGAUCCAAAAUGCCCGUAUGCAAGGCGCAAAGAUGGCCUUUGUCGAACUCCGUGAGGAGCGUGACUGGGCCAUUCAGGGUGUUGUCGCGGCCAGCCCCGAGGGCACACCUGUCUCCAAGCAGAUGGUCAAGUGGAUUGGUAGUCUGAACCUUGAGGGCUAUGUUCUUGUCGAGGCCAAGGUGGAGAAGCCCCUUGAGCCAGUCAAGAGUGUCAAGGUUUCCAACUACGAGCUGCACCUCACCAAGUGCUAUGUCAUCAGCCCCGGUCCCCAGGUCCUGGGUAUGGGUCUUGCCGUUGCCAACAGGCCCGUCACCAACUUCGACGAUGAGGAUGCCGGCGGUCCUGUCGAGGAAGUCAAGGAGGGCGUCGACAACCUGAGCCUCGAGAACGUCCCUGGUGCUAGCAUGGCUACCCAUCUCAACAACCCCGUCAUGCACAAGCGAGCUCCCGUCCAGCAGGCCAUUGCCGAUGUGCGUAUGACUGUGCGCAAGCUGUUUUCCGAGUACCUCGAGGCGAGAGACUUUGUUCAGUUCGAGCCCCCUUGCCUGAUCGGAGCCGCUUCUGAGGGAGGAUCCAACGUAUUUAGCAUGCCCUACUUUGAUAAGCAGGCUUUCCUGGCCCAAUCGCCCCAGUUCUACAAGCAAUAUGAGAUUGCUGGUGGUCGAAAGCGGGUCUUCUGCAUUGGCCCCGUGUUCCGAGCUGAGAACUCCAACACUCCCAGACACAUGACCGAGUUCACCGGUCUCGAUCUGGAGAUGGAGAUUGAGGAUCACUACCACGAGGUCCGCGAGAUGCUGGAGGGCGUCCUUCUAUACAUUUUCCGAGGUCUCAAGGAGCGAUGCGCCGAACAGAUCGCCCUCGUCCGAACCGUGUAUCCCUCGGAGGACUUCCUUCUUCCUGAGCCCGGCAAGGAGGUUCGUCUUACUUUUGCUGAGGGUCAGGCUCUCCUCCGUGCAGAGGGCCCCGAGGAGUACCGCAACGUGUCGGAUGAUGAGGAUAUGUCGACUCCUCAGGAGAAGGCGCUUGGCGCGCUGAUCAAGGAGAAGUACAACACCGACUUUUACGUGCUUGACAAGUUCCCCGAGGGUGCGCGACCCUUCUAUGCGCUGGAGGACCCUGAAAACUCCAAGGUGACCAACGCAUACGACUUUUUCAUGCGAGGCCAGGAGAUCCUCUCUGGCGGACAGCGUAUCCACGUGCCCGAGACACUGGAGGCGCGGAUCCGCAAGAAGGGUAUCGACCCAACCAGCCAGGGCAUCAAGGAGUAUGUCGACAUCUUCCGCAGCGCUGGAGUGCCCCCGCAUGGCGGUGGUGGUAUCGGCUUGGAUCGGGUGGUGGCAUGGUAUCUCAACCUGCCAAGUGUGCACCUGGCGAGCUACUACCCUCGCACGCCCAAGAGACUGCUGCCGUAA